AUGCAGGUCAAGAGUCUCAGUUACAUCGAUAUUCAGCACGACGCGCCUGCCGUCUUCGACGACGUCGAGCAGGGCAUCGUCCUACAGGAAGACGUGUGGGUUUCUGCCUAUCAGGCCGGCGAGACCAGUGUGCAUGGCAAGAUGCGGGUUUCGCUCGAUGGCGGGAUCAACAUUGAGUGCCGGGAUGGGGUCCAAGUUGAGCGCGAGUCCAAGGCCAACUUUCGCGUCACUGUCCCAGCACUCAAGAUGACGUCUCGCCCAGUCCACUUUCCACGCCAAACCAUCGUGCCUCCCUACACCAAGGCCAGCGCCGUCUCACCAGAACUAAGCAUCAACGCGCUCGACUACUCCCCCAAGGCAGGGAAGCUGGUCGUGGGCGGACCAGACGGGUACGCUGUCGUCCUGGAUCCUGCUAGGCCAUCUGAAGCCCUCCAUCUCAAGGGUCACGUCGGCGACGUGCUGGAUGUCAAAUGGUUUCCGUCUGGCGAGGUCGUCCUCACUGCGUCCUCUGAUAUGUCGCUGCGCAUCUUCUCGUCUGUGACGGGAAUCAACCCCCGCAUCCUACGGGGUCAUUCCCGCGCCAUUACGGCGACACGUAUCCUCGGCAUGGGGAGGCAGGUUCUGAGUGCGGGCAAGGACGGGAGCGUGCGCCUCUGGAAUGUCGGGGAGGGCAAGGAGGCGCGUGUUUGGCUGCUCAAGCAGCCGAUUGAGGCUCUUGUCGUCAUCGAGGGGGAACAAACAACUCUUGGAGCCGAGGUCGUCGUCAUUGCGGCAACGGCAGACGGGUCCCUUACUGGAUUCGCCCUUGAUUCUGAAUCGGACCAACCCCUCUUCACAACCCCGGCGACAUCUAAGCUUAUCUGUGCGACGUACUCGUCCGAGCUGAAGCUCGUCGCGAGUGGCCACGCGGACGGGGUCAUCACCCUUCGCCACCUCUCGAACCUAUCCGAACCAGCCGCCAUGGUGCGCCGCAACGAGGCGAGCGUCUACUCUCUCGCUUUUGAAGGGCCUUGCCUCCUUGUUGGCACAGCUAGCGGACUCCCCGCCCGCCUCUCCAUCUCGGAUACCCUCCAAGUAGAGGUUGCUGAAGAGUACGCCGGGUGGGAGGCGGUGGGCGUCGAAGCGUGGGCUGUCGGUGACGGGGCAUGGUGUGCAGGCGCCGACGGCGUACUGCGUCGCUAUUAG